GUCCGUGGUUCUUCGUCUUCUGUGUGGUAUCACGGUUCACACGCGACCGGAUUCUUCGUUUGUUUGCAGAUCGUUUGAAACGUUACCAACGCCUUUGAUCUCGUCAACUCAACGAGGCCCAAGUUGUUCUAACCGUUAAAAUUUAAAAAACAGAACAUCGAGUAGUGACGGUUAAUAAGUGGCCAACGCAAUCAAAUGUUUGUGUUUAUUGUGGCUCAUGCGAAGAUUUGUCGCCGGCUGAUAAACUUCGGUAGUGAGUGAUCCUGAUACUCGUUGAUCGAAUUUCGUAUGAGAGAAGAUCGAAUUUCAAGUAAACACAAAGAUGCCAAUUCUACUAAACAAGGAAAUGUACAUCUAGGGUGCGAUACAAUGAAAUAAAAUGGUUAAACUUAAAAUGUACAUAUAAUUGAGUAAUUGUGAAAUAGAAACUCAGCAACAAAAAAUAUAAUAGAAUAGAAGGAAACACUUCAGUUAAGUGCGUGAAAAAACGCCUAGCCACUUAGAUAAUUAAGAUAAUGAGAAAAUGAGAAAAGCGAGCAAUAAUUAUAUUCUUCUCAGGACCCAUUUCUCAGAUGAUACAAGUGAAAGUUUCUAACGGGCCUUCGACCUAUCAUCCAUCAACUAAAAAACAAGAAAAAUUAAGUAAAAUAACCGGAACGCAUUUUAACUUGCCGAUAGAAUACAAUGUUUAAGGGUAAAUAAGCUACAGUACUUGAAAAAUAAACAAACUAAAAUAAAAGUUAAAGAACAAAAAAAGAAUCAGGACUAUCAGCAUCACCAUUUAGACGAUCUUUUCCAAUAACUCCUUUUCAUAUCCACUGAGUCUGGUUGUUUCAUAUUUAUGGACACUUUAAGGUAUCUAAUAAGAGGCACUUAUUGUACAAACUGUUAUCUCUAAGCACAAAAACUGACAUACGGUACCGCCUGCGUUUCUUACUCCAUUAAAAACAUGAGUGUAACAAAUUUUAUUGCUGAAGCAAAGGCGUAAACUUAACGAUAGUUAUUCGAAAGGCGAAAAGCUAUUUAUUUCGUAAAAAAAUUAAUUGUCUAUAAAUCUUUAAAGGUGAAACAAAGCACUACGUAUCCGUAUAGGAAAAAACGGUACCGAUCGAGCCAAAUCCAAAUGAAUUUGUAUAAGCAGAAAAGCUAAGAAAUGCCCUACUGAAACGUUAAAUUAUUAUUAGUCCGUUCGAAAAUUAAGAAGGCCGUGCAUAAGCAUCUAGAUGUGAUGGGAAAGGUUAUUAAACCUUCGAAAUCAGAAAAGAAAAUGACCGACAUUCUUUUGGAAAGACGAAAAAGCGCCAGCGAAGUUCCCAAUAACCAUUUAAAGCGAUCGAAGAGCGUCAGGGCAUCGCUGAGACAAAUCGGCAAUCGCUUCCUCAAUUACAAAACAACGAGUGACAGCAGGCCGUUGUUAAAAAAGGCUCCGUCCAUGACCACCUUGAUGCCGUCGCCCCGAAGAGUUUCGGACGUCUUUUGUCGAAAUUACAUAAAUGCGGAUUAUGAAAACCUUUUCUAUCAUCAAAGGGAUCAUCUUCCUGAAACCAUCCUGAAAACGCCUGCUGAUUCGUCGGACAGCGAACAAAAAUUUUCGAAGCUGUAUCUCUUGAAAAAGGUCGACGCUUUAAUGAAAAUGAAAAACGAUCUCGGUGGCAAAAGGGUGUCCACUCAACCGUCAAAGAUCAUAGCCCCAAAAGCUGCCGCGAUCCUUCAGAUCCCUCCCAACGAAAAUUACGAACCUUUGUUUUAUAACAAGGACGAAGUUCAGCGUGAAAGGGACCAGAUAUGUGUUAGGAAAAACGAAAAGUGCAAUGAAAUGAAAAGAUGUGCAAAUAACGGUGACAGAAGUGCAUUUUACAGAACUUCUCUUAGACUUUCUAUCAAGAAUAGGAGACGGAACACAAACUGGCAAAAUCCAUUUCUUUCAAAUUCAAGAUUACCACCCUUAUCGAGUGAAACCGAGAUGGAAAUAGCAAAUACGCCCUUUAACGCAGGUUUUUCCCCUCCUAAACAAAAGCAAAAUAAAAAAAAUUCAAAAGUAAAUCAGCAACGGGCGGAAAAAGUGGAAAGAAUAAAUAUACAUCUGCAGGCCUUGUUUUCCGCAGUUGAACACGGUCAUCUUGAAAAGGCCAGAACGAUAUUAGAAUCUACAGAUGUUGAUGUCAAUAGUUUAAAUAGUGAUGGAUUAUCACCGUUAGAUGUGGCUGUGCUUAGUAACAAUCGUCCAUUAGUCAAAAUGCUUAUAAGUUUCGGCGCUAGAGAAGGAAACCAAUAUUCUAGUCCAGAAGCUUUAGGAUCUCAUUUGAAACAACUGUUAGGCGAGGCUGAAAUGCGACUGCAAGAGUAUGGCGGUCUACUUGAGGAACCCUGUGGAGCACCAUUGAAUACCAGAGCGUCGUUCUCAAGCAUUAUAGGCAAUGCUUAUCCCACAUCGGCUAUGACAGGGUGUACGGGUGGCGAUAAUGAAAAGCAAGCGAUAACGUGGGGGCGCAGGGUGAAAAUGCUGCGUCGAAUGGUGUUAGGGUUUGCGCAAGCUCGACCCCCUGACCCACCAUCUCUCGUAGCUGUUGACAUCACGUCAGCAACAACAAUCUGUUUAAGAUUACAAGAGCCAGCGUCUGGUGAUUCCCCGGUUACAACUAAAUUUAAGGUACAAUGGUCAGCUAGAGCAGAUUUUGCUCCCGUUACGGGUGAAAUGGAAAUUUUAGAAGUUACCGCUUCUACUUGUACCAUUGAAUUAACACAGGGUAGAAGGUAUUAUUUUAGGGUAGCUUGCGGUAAUCUAAAGGGAUACGGAACGUUUUUGUCUUCUACUCCAGCCUGUGUUAUACCCUCCACUUGGAGAGAAAUCGAACAAAAGGAACCCCGAUUCGACGGGAAACAGAAACAACUGCAGCAAUUAACAGAUGAAGUGAAACUUUUCAGGCCCGGAAGUGAAAUCCUAGACGUCCCAGGUCCACAACGUAGACAACAACGAAAAAAGACCACAAUAAAACAACUGUUUACAGCGGCUAGUAAAUUCCAGAAAAAUUUGAAAAGGGGUAUUUACUUAGCAUGCAUUUUAUAUCACGAAGACAAAGUCCUGGUGACGAAUGAAGAUUUUUUACCUGUGAUAGAAAUAGACGAAACAUUCCCCAGUUGUAUCCACACGGACUACCAUUGGUUCAUGAAAGUUGCCUGCACAUGGGACGACACCAAAUCCCUUCGUGCUGACAUGGAAAAGAACGUAUCGUCAGCCAUACAUUUUAGAAUGAAAUUACUGUCAGCAGCUCUUCAGAUGCAGUCGGCGUUGUGCCUGCAAGACCUUGGACAACUUUAUUACAAACCGUUAAGAGAUACCCAAGGAACCGUUGUCAUAAGUGCUGUUAAUAACGUCAAAUCGCCCAAAAGUGUGUCUGUAUUAAACUCAAGAUGGCUGCCGAUGAAUAAAGUAUUCAAAAAAGUCGUGCUCAGUGAAGAUAACAGCAUAUCCGAAAUUUUAAUGGCUUCCGUAAAGGAUCAAAUCAGUUACCACCAGGUUUCCAAACAAAAAUUAGGAAGAGGUCUUUAUUUGGCAUAUUUGAAGAUGCAGAGUUCCGUUGAUCUCAUACAAGUUGUUGUUCCUGCCAAAUCACCUAACAUGUUACCUCAUUGUAAAGUUAGAGAUAAUCCACACGUUUCAGCAGAAGAAUGGGAAUAUUUGAAACAACAACAUGCCCCAGACGUGGUGGACAAUGCUACAGAACAGCAAAAAACAUUCCUAGAACUUAUAGCAAACGCUGCUAAAAGACUGCUAAAUUACAUGGACGUUCCAUCGGAAGAAAUGACCAGUCAACGUCUCUACGAUUCAGAAGUGAUAGAAAUCUCGGACGAAAUCAGUUUCAUCGUCAUAUGCCCACCAGCUGAACUGUCGUGUUCAGUUCCAGGUCAACGCGAAAUUCUCCUACAACGAGGCGAUCUUCUCAGUCUACCAGUUCAAGUGUUUGAAAUGAUUCACCUCAACACCUACCAGAACAACAUAGUUCAAAAAUAUGCCAAACUCAGUUGUCUAUUAGAACUGGACGCUGCCAACGCAAAUCACCUCCACAGAGAAGCAUUUUCGAACAGUGAAGUCGCAGUUGCGAAAGAAAGAUUGGCAAAAUUACAAGAUCUUCAAACGCAGUUGAACAGCAUCUGGAAACGGGUACGUUGGUUGAUGGAGGUGAUUAGUUUCGCGAGGGAUCGGGUCACAGCUGGUCUUGCCGUCAAGUAUAUCCUGAAAGAGCCAGGUAGUCCCAGUUCAGGUAAAAAACGUUUUCUACUCCAAAUUCCUCCAAGAGACACAAAAGUAGUGAAGAGCACAACAGGAAGAGGAUCGUGGCCUGGGCCUGGAGGUAGCAAUACGAACGGUCAAAAUUCCGGUUUAAUGAUGGGCGAGUUGAGCAAAAGUGAGCAACAGCUAAGCAAAAACGAACUAGGCGUAUCCUCGUCUCAAUUUCUUAUGGUCCACAGCGAUGACUCUAGGAAAAAUAGCGAAAGCUAUUGCAGUGAUUAUUUUAAUGAUUGUUUGCCUCCCUCCAAAAGCGAUGACGUUCUCUUCUCAACCAUUCCCGUCCCAAUUAGCAACAAAUUGUGCAAUACGAACGCCCCUUCUAACGCAUCUGCAUCUUCUAGUCCACUGUUAAAUGUCAGAUCUAUUUAUAGUGGGAGUAUGUUAAGCGUGAACACGCUAAACACAACGAAUACUUCAGAUAGUAUGCAUAGCUUAAGUUCGGACAGUGAUAACAGUUGUCCCAUACCAAUAACUACGAGUACACCUCGAAAAACUAAACAGAAACCCAAAAUGGUCCCAUCCCAUAGCAUGACCAACGUGAAACAAAACUUGCAAGAACCCACAUUAAAGGCAAACAAAUGUGUUACCAGUGAAUCCUAUUUGUUGCCAACAAAUCUCCACAAAAUUUCGUCCAAAAGUUUAACGAAUAUUAAGUCAAUGAGUGACUUGGAAUCUUCCAGUCAGAAAACGUACCUAAAACCCAUAGAUACGUACGCAAAGCCUGACUUAAUUCCCGAUCCAGUUUUUAAAGUUCCUCAAACUGACUCCUUGCCUCAGAGUUCGAGUGGAAGUGCCACGGGAAAAGAUGGAAAUUCUUCGGGCAUUCUUCAAGUUUAUGCAGCGUAUGAAACAGGUCUGGCCAGUGGUACCAGUUUGAAAUUGCACGUAACAUCCAGAACUACAGCCAGAGAAGUAGUGGAUUUGGUUGUUAAACAACUUAACAUGGCUGUAGUCCUGAAAGGCAAGGAAGGUCCCAUAUAUACUGCUGACAAACUCAAAAACUUUUGUCUGGUAGCAGUCAUUGGCGCACGUGAGAGGUGCCUUCGAGAUGAUUUUAAGCCUCUCCAACUUCAAAACCCUUGGAAGAAGGGAAGAUUAUACGUUCGCCAAAAGCAAGACGUUUUGGCUGCUCUAGAACACAGCAGUAGACACAGUCAGAUUAUUUGAAUAAUCCAUUUGGUCAUAUUAAUACUCUUGGCCAUAAUUUUCGACCAAAUCAUACGUUUAUUGAACUUAUGAUCUGAGUGACACAACCUGGUGAUAUAACGAUAUUGAAGAUGAUAAUUUUAUAUUAGUCAUUAAAUGGUGCUAGAAGUUGUUUGAAUGUUAUGUAAUUUGAUUGUCCUCGAUGCUGCAAGAAUGAUUUCUUCUUGCUCUAACAGAAAUGCGUUAUCUACUUUAUUAAUAUUAGAAAAUAAGAAGCAAAAAGGUAAUUUUAAGUGAUAUCCAAAGAAUUUAAAUGAAGAAAAUGGGUCCAAAUUAGUCAAUUUACUUUAUUUUUUAAUCAACCAAGAAAUUAUUUUUUUAUUUAAAAUUGGUUUCUAACUUGCAGUACCAAGGAAUAAAACAGACUGAAAAUAAUCGAGUGUUUACUACUAUUAGGUGAUAGUUGCUCAGCAUACUAACAUCGCAAAAACACCAAAAAUUAAUGCUAGUUAAAAAGAAAAAAAAUAAUGUUUAUUAAUGUUAAUAUGCCGAAUUAUAAUUAUUGUUGGAUUAUUAAAAAAAUAAUAAAGCGAGAAAGAAGAAAUGUUACUAUAAAAGAUGCUUAAAUUAUGAAAAAUUAAGAUUAUACAUAUGUGACUGAAAAAAGUGGUAAUUUUAUUCGAUUGACAAAUUAUAAUGUCCAAUAUUAUUAGGAAACGUAAUGACUUCGUUUUUGUUGAAUCUCAUUGUUAGUACAAAACACAUAAGGAAAUAUACGUAUAAUUUUGUAAAUACAUCUAAAUGUUCUCAAUAAUCCAAUUGAUGUAAAAUACUAGCAAAACUCAAAGCUGUAAUUCCUAGGAAACCUAAAAUCUGUGUUUAGCAAUGACAUAAAUAAAUUAUUAAAACAAACUAUUUUGUUAAUCAAUAAUAGAAUGACGCCUGCAAAUGUUCCAACAAAAUAAUUUAGUCUUACAAUUACAGCAUUUCUUUAACGUAAAGUGUAAUUAAAUUAAUUAAU